AUGCAAAUAGGUCGAAGAUCAUCUAGGUUUCGAGAACAAAGUGCAGAUACACAAAGUGCAACUAACAUGCCUCUUUCACUUGGGAAUGGAGUGAAGAGAUCGAGGGGAAGCAGUUUGCUGAAAUCAUUAGAAAUUUCUGAUGUAGUACACUCGCCGUACGUCAACAGUGUUCUGGAAAAUCCACAAGCCAGGCGACUGAGGAGAGUCAAUAAGGGCGAUUCGAAAGAAUUCUCACCUGUACGAAAAGACGCAGCUAAAGUUAUUGGAAAACUAUCAAUUGCGUCUGGCCAUCGCCAUACCUUGUCGGAGGAACGAAAGCAGAUUUCCACGAAAGCAGAUGCCAUUCCGUGGCAGUUUCCGACGUCCUUGGGAGAUACCAAUUUUCUGAAUCAACAUGUGCAGUUUAGUAAAGAUCAGACAGCUUCUACGGACAUUUGUGACAAAUACGAUUUCUCUAGGGUGAAAAUACGAUAUAACCCAGUCAGAUUUUUAAAUUUCCAUAGAUUGCUAAGUUCCUCGAGUGGCCUGCAAUCCGAUGAUUCACAUCGGCAUUAUCACCGUGAUUUUGACAUAUAUGAAGCGGACGAUCUUAUUAAUAUGCUGGAUAAUGAUAGUGCAAUACCGUAUCGCUGCGCCAUAGAGAAUAAGCAAGAUUAUUCGACUGCGAAGACGAUGCCAACUGUUCGGGAUCGUGAAUUUUUUGAAUCUCUGCUCAUUCGAUCGUCAACUGCGAGUUAUUAUAAUGCCAAUUUUCGUCUUGCUGAAUGCACUAGUGAUGAAAGCAAGGAUGCUGUUCAACUUAACAGAACACGAGUAAACAGGAAGAAGACGAAAUCGUUUCAGCCAAGAAGACCUAGCCCGCGUCAAUCAGAUACUGCUAAAGUUAAUUCCAUUGAAUGCAUUCAUAUAAGAGACCAUGAAAUAGAAACGUGGUACACUACACCGUAUCCAGAGGAAUAUAACAGGAAUAAGAUUCUCUACGUAUGUGAAUAUUGUUUGAAAUAUAUGAACUCGAGGUACAUUUAUCAUAGGCAUCAAAAAAAAUGCACCAAGGUAAGACCACCAGGUAACGAAAUAUAUCGCGAUGGUAGAAUAUCUCUGUGGGAAGUAGAUGGGCGUGAGAGUGUAAUCUAUUGUCAAAACCUUUGUUUAUUAGCAAAGUUGUUUUUGAAUUCAAAGACGUUAUACUAUGACGUCGAACCUUUUAUUUUCUACAUAUUGACAGAGAGGGAGGAUAUCAACGAUGGUUCCUCGAGAUUUCAUCUUGUUGGGUAUUUCUCAAAAGAAAAACUCAAUUCGUCGGAUUAUAACCUUAGUUGUAUAUUAACACUUCCCGUGUAUCAAAGAAAAGGGUACGGUCAAUUCUUGAUGGAUUUUUCCUAUCUUUUGUCCAGAAGAGAAUUUAAAUGGGGAACACCUGAGAAACCUCUGUCAGAUUUAGGUCUGAUAUCUUACAGGAGUUUUUGGAAGGUCAAGUGCGCUCAGGUACUGGUCCAAUUGAAAGAGCUCUGUGACGUUGCUGAUUCAAUCUUGAACGUAUCUCUGGAAGAUUUAUCCAAUAUAUCGGGUAUGACUCCAACUGACGUUGUAUUGGGCCUUGAGCAGUUAGAAGUAUUUGUUCAAGCUCAAGAUAUAUCAUCAAAACAUUUAAAUUACGGUAUCAGGAUUGAUUCCUGGCAGAGAAUUGAAAGUAUUGCCAAUGAAUGGACGCGGAAAGGAUAUCAAGUCGUGAACGCUUCGAAACUUCUAUGGAAACCCAUGAUAUACGGCCCAUCAUGCGGCGUUAAUGCAAUGGGUACAAUGAUUGAAACGACUUCCGGCUCAGCACGUAAUAACGACUACGGUAUGACUAGCACAGAUCAGGAUAUGUUUAAAAAAAGUAUAUCCAUGUUGACAAAUUUUUUGAAAGAUGAUAUUGCGGAUCCGAAUCCAAUGGAGACUGUAGCGUGGCGGAAAUUGAAAAAUAGAAAAACAUCUACUAGUAAAGGAACUACGGAUGGUGUUAGUUGGGAACUUUGUUUUAAGAAGCUGAAUGUCUUGAGUGCACACGCUCGUCCAAGCCCUGGCCCUCCAUGUAAUGAGCUGGUACAGGAACAAGGCUGCAGCACGGAAGGAUAUGAAGAAAGUGAGGAUGCUGGCAUUGCAGAUAGUCUCGUAGAAGAUGAAAGUGGCGAGUACAUAGAACAGGAGAUUUAUUCUUCCCUAUCUGGCGAAGAAGAAGUUAGCGGGGAGAGCGAAGGAGAGCGAAACCUAAGCGACGAAGAAGAUGAUGAUGAUGAUGAAGUAGAAGAAGAUGAAGAUGAGAAUGAGAAUGACGAUGUUGAUGUUGAUGUUGAUGUUGACGUUAAUGUUGACGAAGACGAGGACGAGGAUGUGGAUGAGGAUGAGGAUGAGUACCCAAACAAACAAACCCGAUCGUCAGUACAGGGACCGUCUAGAAUAAGCAGAAGGUUGCGUGAAACUGGACAUAGAACAGAACAGGCAGGACAGACACGUAAGUUGCGCAGUCGAGCUUUUUAA